CACCCAGUGUGCGCAGAGGCGCGGGGCGCUGACUGGGAGCCGGGUGCGGUCUGUCUGCGGGACGCCUUGCCGCUGGAGCGACCCUGUCCGGCUGGCGCGAGGGGACCCGGGGAUGAGGGACUCAGCCGUCCUCGUGCCCCUACCCGUCCUCCGGGACCGCAGGGCCCGCUUCUGGGGCGCUUACUUCCUCCGUUCCCGCACCCGCCUCUGCCUGUCCAGUCUCCGAAGCGCUGGCUUUCACGCGGGGAUUUCAGAAGAUGCCCGAGCAACCUCCAGAGAGGGCAGGGAGGCCACACGGUGUACCGAGGGAGUGCAGGGCGCGCCUGUCCCAGUCCUGCUGGUGCCAGAGGCCCGCCCUGCCCAGACAGAACCUUCCAUUUCCCCGGGGAAGCAUCUGCUGGGCUGGGCUGGGCUGGCUGGGGGCGGGUGGGCACACCAGGAUCCUCUUGAGUCGCCUGGUCCUGGGCUCGCGUGCCAACGAGUCUUCUUGAAUUCGGCCUAGGUGAUGGUGGUAGUGGUCUUCCCGCUGCCACCCCUGCCAUGCGGGACCCCCGGGGCUGAGGGAGGGGCUGCUCAGUGGCUAACCCUGAAGGGCAGGGAAUGUCGCCCCAACCCACGCUCCCUGGGGCUCCACUGCACCCCUUUCUCCGGGAAUAGCUCUGUGCAGGGCUUGGGUUUGGAAAUCCACCCACAUGGGGCCUUGCCUUGCUCAGGCCUGCUUCAUGCAUCUGUCUUCUGGAAGCUCAUUUCCUACCUGAGUGCUCUCAACACUCACACCUGUGCUAGCUGCUUGUGGAGAAUUUUAGCUGUGAACCAGGGUGGCCCAAGCUGUUCUCAGGUGACCUGUGAGAAAGGGAUUGAGCCUGUAAUUUUGGGUAGAAGAACCCCAGAAAGGGCUGGAUGGGCCCUUGGAAGGUCGUUGCCAGGCCUGGGUUUUCAGGGUUCUGCACCCCUGGGCUGAGGCUGAGGCACCCGUCCUGUUGGGCACUGGGUCGAGCCAUUGGCCCCCCCACAGCGGGCAUCAGAUGCUCACAGGGGCUCCUGGCUGCCUCCUGCAAAGUCGGGUGGUGCUGGAGCAGGUCUGACCUGCUUCCCAGGGCCCGCUUGCCACUGGGAUUAGAGGAACCUGCACAAGACCCCAGGGGCUGUGCUGAGGUGGACAGCUGCCUGAAAGAUGAGCGUGUGAACAGAACAUGCUGGUCUUAAGGCAGAGAGUCCCACACCGUGGACCCUCCCGUCUGAUGCUGGGGUCUUCGUUUCCAGCGUGGAGCCAUCCUCAUCCCGUGCAGGGUGGACCGCCUGCCUGGGGAGCCACCUGCAGUCUGGGUCCCCUUGCGGUGCUACUGCGAUCUCUCUAGAGCCUCCUCUUCCUCCUGCCACUGGGGACAUCUCUGCUGCUCUGCUUCCCUCGGAAGCUGGUUGUGAAGCCGGGCCAGUGGCUGCGGGGACAGCUCAUGGCCCUGGAAAGACCCCACUGGCAUGCGGCACAACAUCUGCUCUGAGAACUGCAGGAAAAGGCCGGGCAGGGCAUCCCUGCCAUCCUGCCACAACCACCCCAUGUGUCUCUAGAACCCCCAGUGUGGCGAGCUGGAGAGAGGGCAGCAGUCCUGAGGGCAGCAGGCCUGGUUGCAGCUGGCGUGGGGGUCUCAGGAUGGAGCCCUCAGCCCUGAGGAAAGCUGGCUCGGAGCAGGAGGAGGGCUUUGAGGGGCUGCCCAGAAGGGUCACUGACCUGGGGAUGGUCUCCAAUCUCCGGCGCAGCAACAGCGGCCUCUUCAAGAGCUGGAGGCUGCAGUGCCCCUUCGGCAACAAUGACAAGCAAGAAAGCCUCAGUUCGUGGAUUCCUGAAAACAUCAAGAAGAAAGAAUGCGUGUAUUUUGUGGAAAGUUCCAAACUGUCUGAUGCUGGGAAGGUGGUGUGUCAGUGUGGCUACACGCAUGAGCAGCACUUGGAGGAGGCUACCAAGCCCCACACCUUCCAGGGCACACAGUGGGACCCAAAGAAACAUGUCCAGGAGAUGCCAACAGAUGCGUUUGGCGACAUCGUCUUCACGGGCCUGAGCCAGAAGGUGAAAAAGUACGUCCGAGUCUCCCAGGACACGCCCUCCAGCGUGAUCUACCACCUCAUGACCCAGCACUGGGGGCUGGACGUCCCCAAUCUCUUGAUCUCGGUGACCGGGGGGGCCAAGAACUUCAACAUGAAGCCGCGGCUGAAAAGCAUUUUCCGCAGAGGCCUGGUCAAGGUGGCUCAGACCACAGGGGCUUGGAUCAUCACAGGGGGGUCCCACGCCGGCGUCAUGAAGCAGGUAGGCGAGGCAGUGCGGGACUUCAGCCUGAGCAGCAGCUACAAGGAAGGCGAGCUCAUCACCAUCGGAGUCGCCACCUGGGGCACUGUCCACCGCCGCGAGGGCCUGAUCCAUCCCACGGGCAGCUUCCCCGCUGAGUACAUACUGGAUGAGGACGGCCAAGGGAACCUGACCUGCCUAGACAGCAACCACUCUCACUUCAUCCUCGUGGACGACGGGACCCACGGCCAGUACGGGGUGGAGAUUCCUCUGAGGACCAGGCUGGAGAGGUUCAUAUCGGAGCAGACCAAGGAAAGAGGAGGUGUGGCCAUCAAGAUCCCCAUCGUGUGUGUGGUGCUGGAGGGCGGCCCGGGCACGUUGCACACCAUCUACAACGCCACCACCAACGGCACCCCCUGCGUGGUCGUGGAGGGCUCGGGCCGCGUGGCCGACGUCAUUGCCCAGGUGGCCAACCUGCCUGUCUCGGACAUCACUAUCUCCCUGAUCCAGCAGAAACUGAGCGUGUUCUUCCAGGAGAUGUUUGAGACCUUCACGGAAAGCGGGAUUGUCGAGUGGACCAAAAAGAUCCAAGAUAUCGUCCGGAGGCGGCAGCUGCUGACUGUCUUCCGGGAAGGCAAGGAUGGUCAGCAGGACGUGGAUGUGGCCAUCUUGCAGGCCUUGCUGAAAGCCUCACGGAGCCAAGACCACUUUGGCCACGAGAACUGGGACCACCAGCUGAAACUGGCAGUGGCAUGGAAUCGCGUGGACAUUGCCCGCAGUGAGAUCUUCACGGAUGAGUGGCAGUGGAAGCCUUCAGAUCUGCACCCCACGAUGACAGCUGCACUCAUCUCCAACAAGCCUGAGUUUGUGAAGCUCUUCCUGGAGAACGGGGUGCGGCUGAAGGAGUUCGUCACCUGGGACACCUUGCUCUACCUGUACGAGAACCUGGACCCCUCCUGCCUGUUCCACAGCAAGCUGCAGAAGGUGCUGGCGGAGGAGCCCGAGCGCCUGGCUUGCGCGCCCGCAGCGCCCCGCCUGCAGAUGCACCAUGUGGCCCAGGUGCUGCGGGAGCUGCUGGGGGACUUCACGCAGCCGCUUUACCCCCGGCCCCGGCACAGCGACCGGCUGCGGCUCCUGCUGCCCGUGCCCCACGUCAAGCUCAACGUGCAGGGAGUGAGCCUCCGGUCCCUCUACAAGUGUUCCUCAGGCCAUGUGACCUUCACCAUGGACCCCAUCCGCGACCUUCUCAUUUGGGCCAUCAUCCAGAACCGUCGGGAGCUGGCAGGAAUCAUCUGGGCUCAGAGCCAGGACUGCAUCGCAGCGGCCUUGGCCUGCAGCAAGAUCCUGAAGGAGCUGUCCAAGGAGGAGGAGGACACGGACAGCUCGGAGGAGAUGCUGGCGCUGGCGGAGGAGUAUGAGCACAGAGCCAUCGGGGUCUUCACCGAGUGCUACCGGAAGGACGAAGAGAGAGCCCAGAAACUGCUCACCCGCGUGUCCGAGGCCUGGGGGAAGACCACCUGCCUGCAGCUCGCCCUGGAGGCCAAGGACAUGAAGUUUGUGUCUCACGGGGGCAUCCAGGCCUUCCUGACCAAGGUGUGGUGGGGCCAGCUCUCCGUGGACAAUGGGCUGUGGCGUGUGACCCUGUGCAUGCUGGCCUUCCCGCUGCUCCUCACCGGCCUCAUCUCCUUCAGGGAGAAGAGGCUGCAGGAGGUGGGCACCCCCGCGGCCCGCGCCCGUGCCUUCUUCACCGCGCCUGUGGUGGUCUUCCACCUGAACAUCCUCUCCUACUUCGCCUUCCUCUGCCUGUUCGCCUACGUGCUCAUGGUGGACUUCCAGCCUGUGCCCUCCUGGUGCGAGUGUGCCAUCUACCUCUGGCUCUUCUCCUUGGUGUGCGAGGAGAUGCGGCAGCUCUUCUAUGACCCUGACGAGUGCGGGCUGAUGAAGAAGGCAGCCUUGUACUUCAGUGACUUCUGGAAUAAGCUGGACGUUGGUGCAAUCUUGCUCUUCGUGGCAGGGCUGACCUGCAGGCUCAUCCCGGCGACGCUGUACCCCGGGCGCGUCAUCCUUUCUCUGGACUUCAUCCUAUUCUGCCUCCGGCUCAUGCACAUUUUUACCAUCAGUAAGACGCUGGGGCCCAAGAUCAUCAUUGUGAAGCGGAUGAUGAAGGACGUCUUCUUCUUCCUCUUCCUGCUGGCUGUGUGGGUGGUGUCCUUCGGGGUGGCCAAGCAGGCCAUCCUCAUCCACAACGAGCGCCGGGUGGACUGGCUGUUCCGAGGGGCCGUCUACCACUCCUACCUCACCAUCUUCGGGCAGAUCCCGGGCUACAUCGACGGUGUGAACUUCAACCCGGAGCACUGCAGCCCCAACGGCACCGACCCGUACAAGCCCAAGUGCCCCGAGAGCGACGCGACGCAGCAGAGGCCGGCCUUCCCCGAGUGGCUGACGGUCCUCCUACUCUGCCUCUACCUGCUCUUCACCAACAUCCUGCUGCUCAACCUCCUCAUCGCCAUGUUCAACUACACCUUCCAGCAGGUGCAGGAGCACACGGACCAGAUCUGGAAGUUCCAGCGCCACGACCUGAUCGAGGAGUACCACAGCCGCCCCGCCGCGCCACCCCCCUUCAUCCUCCUCAGCCACCUGCAGCUCUUCAUCAAGAGGGUGGUCCUGAAGACUCCGGCCAAGAGGCACAAGCAGCUCAAGAACAAGCUGGAGAAGAACGAGGAGGCGGCCCUGCUCUCCUGGGAGAUCUACCUGAAGGAGAACUACCUCCAGAACCGGCAGUUCCAGCAAAAGCAGCGGCCCGAGCAGAAGAUCGAGGACAUCAGCAAUAAGAUUGACGCCAUGGUGGACCUGCUGGACCUGGACCCACUGAAGAGGUCGGGCUCCAUGGAGCAGAGGUUGGCCUCCCUGGAGGAGCAGGUGGCCCAGACAGCCCGAGCCCUGCACUGGAUCGUGAGGACGCUGCGGGCCAGCGGCUUCACCUCGGAGGUGGACGUCCCCACUCUGGCCUCCCAGAAGGCCGCGGAGGAGCUGGAUGCUGAGCCGGGAGGCAGGAAGAAGACGGAGGAGCCGGGCGACAGCUACCACGUGAAUGCCCGGCACCUCCUCUACCCCAACUGCCCUGUCACUCGCUUCCCCGUGCCCAACGAGAAGGUGCCCUGGGAGACAGAGUUCCUGAUCUAUGACCCACCCUUUUACACGGCAGAGAGGAAGGACGCGGCCGCCAUGGACCCCGUGGGAGACACCCUGGAGCCGCUGUCCACGAUCCAGUACAACGUGGUGGAUGGCCUGAGGGACCGCCGGAGCUUCCACGGGCCGUACACAGUGCAGGCCGGGUUGCCCCUGAACCCCAUGGGCCGCACAGGACUGCGUGGGCGCGGGAGCCUCAGCUGCUUCGGACCCAACCACACGCUGUACCCCAUGGUCACGCGGUGGAGGCGGAACGAGGACGGAGCCAUCUGCAGGAAGAGCAUAAAGAAGAUGCUGGAAGUGCUGGUGGUGAAGCUCCCUCUCUCCGAGCACUGGGCCCUGCCUGGGGGCUCCCGGGAGCCAGGGGAGACGCUACCUCGGAAGCUGAAGCGGAUCCUCCGGCAGGAGCACUGGCCAUCUUUUGAGAACUUGCUGAAGUCCGGCAUGGAGGUGUACAAAGGCUACAUGGAUGACCCGAGGAACACGGACAAUGCCUGGAUCGAGACGGUGGCCGUCAGCGUCCACUUCCAGGACCAGAACGACGUGGAGCUGAACAGGCUGAACUCUAACCUGCACGCCUGCGACUCGGGGGCCUCCAUCCGAUGGCAGGUGGUGGACAGGCGCAUCCCACUCUAUGCAAACCACAAGACCCUCCUCCAGAAGGCAGCCGCCGAGUUCGGGGCUCACUACUGACUGUGCCCUCAGGCUGGGCGGCUCCAGUCCAUAGACGUUCCCCCCAGAAACCAGGGCUUCUCUCUCCUGAGCCUGGCCAGACUCAGGCUGUUCCUGGGCCCUGCGCAUGAUGGGCUUUGGCGGACCCACUGCCCCUCACGGCUGCCGCAAGUCUGCUGCAGAUGACCUCAUGAACUGGACGGGGUCAAGGUGACCCGGGAGGAGAGCUCAAGACAGGGCACAGGCUACUCAGAGUUGAGGGGCCCCUGGGACCCUUGGCCAUCAGGCGAGGGGCUGGGCCUGUGCAGCUGGGCCCUUGGCCAGAGUCCACUCCCUUCCUGGCUGUGUCACCCCGAGCAGCUCAUCCACCUUGGAGGUCAUCGGCCUGAGGCAAGUUCCCCGGAGAGUCGGGGUCCCCUGUGGCCCCCUCAGGCCUAUGUCUGUGAGGAAGGGGCCCUGCCACUCUCCCCAAGAGGGCCUCCAUGUUUCGAGGUGCCUCAACAUGGAGCCUUGCCUGGCCUGGGCUAGGGGCACUGUCUGAACUCCUGACUGUCAGGAUAAACUCCGUGGGUGUACAGGAGCCCAGACAAAGCCCAGGCCUGUCAAGAGACGCAGAGGGCCCCUGCCAGGGUUGGCCCCAGGGACCCUGGGACGAGGCUGCAGAAGCUCUCCCUCCCUACUCCCUGGGAGCCACGUGCUGGCCACGCCCAGGAAGGAGGGACGGCAUGGGCAGGAGGCGGGGACGUGGGGGCCUCCUGGUUUGACGUCAACAGCUCACGGGAGCAUGAACCAUGAGGGCCCUCAGGAGGGGAAUGUGGUAAAACCCAAGACAUUAAAUCUGCCAUCUCAGG